AUGGGUCAGCUAAAGGCAACCCAUGCCCUUUGGGGGGGUGGGGGGUGGGUGGUCCUUUUCGCUUUCGCGGCGGCAUACAAGUUUGGUUCCAACACUAGAGCAGAGCUUCGAGCAGUCUAUAACGGCCUUGCCUAUUGUGGAGCUAUGAGAUUCGUCAAUGUGGAGGUAGAAUCGAAUUCCAUGUUUGUGGUGGGGCUCCUAAUUGGGUCUCAAAAGUCAAGCUGGCGUUGGAUGUAUCGGAUGCGGAGGAUAGAUAGAUUAAGUGUCGGAGGCCAGGGUGCGAGAGGUUUCGCUCGACAAUGGGAUGACACAGGAAGUCCUAGUAGGAUUUUAGUCGGCUGUGACGGAGUAAACUCAAUAGUGGCAGAAUCACUCAAGCUAAAACCCACCAGAAGCUACAAUACAGUUGCACUGAGAGGGCUUACAUAUUACCCAAAUGGUCAUGGAGUUGACAAUGAUUUCGUCCGGACAAGGAAAGGACGUGUGAUUGUAGGGAAACAUCCAAUCAACGACAAGCUCGUCUACUGGUUCAUAUCCCGGCCGCAGCUUCUCAAAGAUUCUGAAAUCUCGGGGAAGCCCGAACUGAUCAGACAAACAGCAUUGGAAGCAAUGAAGGGAUUUCCAUCAGAAAUAACCGAAUUGGCCGAGAACAGCAUGGAUGAUUCUUUGAAUUCUACAAACAUAAGAUACAGAGCUCCAUGGGACGUGUUACUAGGAAACUUGCGCAGAGGGAUGGUGACUGUGGCAGGGGACGCAUUGCACGUGAUGGGCCCGUUCCUCGGGCAAGGCGGUGCAGCUGGCCUAGAAGAUGCAGUUAUGCUUGCAAGAUGCCUGGCGAAAGCUAGGCAUAUGGAGCCAAAUGGAGAUCUUGACGGGAAAUAG